GUUACUGCGUAUUGAAUGAGUAAAAUCUAGUUGUGUAUCACAUUAUAUAGAUCUAAAGUGAGUUAUCAUUUUGCCAAAAAAAACUCAUUUCCAAGUAUACAGUGUCAUCUAUAAGAUCUAUUUACUUUGUUUGGUAACUGUUUUCAUUGAGAGGAAACAUACCUUAGCAGCUAUCUAACUGAGUGUAAUACAGUAUGGCAUCAGCUGGUGGAGAAGAGCAGUAUGACUUUAUUUGGAAAGUUGUAUUGGUUGGAGAUUCUGGGGUUGGAAAAACAAACCUCUUGUCAAGAUUUACGCGAAAUGAAUUCAACAUGGAGAGCAAAAGUACCAUUGGUGUGGAAUUUGCUACCAGAAACAUACAGAUAAAGGGUAAGACAGUGAGAACACAGAUCUGGGACACAGCAGGCCAGGAAAGAUACAGGGCUAUCACAAGUGUGUAUUACAGAGGGGCUGUAGGAGCAUUAGUUGUGUUUGACAUCAGUAAAAUGUCAUCGUUUGAGAAUCUAGACAAGUGGCUAGGAGAGCUGAAUGAGCACGCUGACCCACACUGCUGUAUCAUGAUUGUAGGAAAUAAAACUGAUCUGAAACACCUUAGAGCUGUCAGCUCAGAAGAGGGGAGGUCAUUAGCAGAAAAACACAACUACUCAUUCAUCGAAACUUCAGCAUUAGAUAACACAAACGUAGUAGAAGCAUUUAACAAUUUGUUAGUUGAUAUUUUCAAAUUACAAGUGGAAUCACCACCUUCAUCGGGGCCUCAACAAGGAGAAACACAGAAAUUGGAACAGGAAGUGAAACCAAUGGCUGAAGUUGACACAUGUGGAUGUUAGACUGUUUUUCUGUGGAAGUCUUUGUUGCUGUGUUCAAUGAUAGUAAAUUAGAUACAUUUUGUAGCAAACAGUUUCCCAGGUUUUGUUAUCUGAGAGUGCCAGUUUGUUUAUAGGGUUCUAUAUUUCUUAGUUAAAAACAUUAGACUGUGACAUGGUCAGCGCAAUAGAUACCUGGAAUAAGUUAUACCGUCAGAGCAGGAUAUUUAACCCUUAGCCUGCUGGCGGCAAGUGAUUCUGCCUUUGCGACCAGUGUAGACCAAGAUCAGCCUGCACUGUUUGCUAUUCAGUCAGUAAAUUUUCAGUGAAUGCCCCUUUGAAUCAUUAGCGGCACUGUCCAAACUAAAUGAUGACCCGUCCAUUUUAGAAAUAAAGCAGGCUAAAGAUUCAAAUCACUUGAAGCACAUUUCACUAUUCCUAUGAUCUUUUAAUUGUAAAAAAAAAUGAAUGGAGCUGUUAAUAGAAAGUUUGAUUGCCUUAUCCUACUCUACUAUUGGUCACAAGUACAAGUUAUGAUAAAGCUUGACUGUAUUGAUUCAUAUAACCUUUCUAGAACACAGCAUAUGCAUAGAUACAUCUAUUUGGUUACAAUUUGUAAAGCUACACAUGAUGCAUCUAGGUUUGAUUUGAUAUACUGUAUUUAUAAUAAAGCUGUGCCAUGAUCCAUGUAACCUAUAAGAAUGAAUGUGUUAUAAAAAAGCACCAUGUGCUUUAGCUAAUAAGAUCUGCUUAUUUUGACUAAUUCCAAGUUUUAGUGUCUUAGUGUAUUGUUGUUGGUAUUUUGCCUUACUUUAUUUUUGAUAUCAUUCCAGUUUAAUUAUGCUGCGGUGGGGGGAGGGGAAUGGAGAGGUCAUUCAGUUAUGCUGUAGUGGGGGAGGGGAAUAGGGAGGUCAUUCCGUUAUGCUACAGUGGGGGAGGGGAAUGGGGAGGUCAUUCCGUUAUGCUGCAGUGGGGGAGGGGAAUGGGGAGGUCAUUCCGUUAUACUGCAGUGGGGGAGGGGAAUGGGGAGGUCAUUCAGUUAUGCUGCAGUGGGGGAGGGAAAUGGAGAGGUCAUUCAGUUAUGCUGCAGUGGGGAAGGGAAUGGGGUCAUUCAGUUAUGCUGCAGUGGGGAAUGGAGGGGAAUGGGGAGGUCAUUCAAUUAUGCUGCGGUGGGGAAGGGAGGGGAAUGGGGAGGUCAUUCAGUUAUGCUGCAGUGGGGAAGGGAGGGGAAUGGGGAGGUCAUUCAGUUAUGCUGCAGUGGGGAAGGGAGGGGAAUGGGGAGGUCAUUCAGUUACGCUGCAGUGGGGAAGUGGGGGAAUGGGGAGGCCAUUCAGUUAUGUUGCAGUGGGGAAGGGAGGGGAAUGGGGAGGUCAUUCAGUUAUGCUGCAGUGGGGAAUGGGAAGGUCAUUCAGUUAUGCUGCAGUGGGGAAGGGAGGGAAAUGGGGAGGUCAUUCAGUUAUGCUGCAAUGGGGAAGGGAAGGGAAUGGAGAGGUCAUUCAGUUAUGCUGCAGUGGGGGAGGGGAAUGGAGAGGUCAUUUAGUUAUGCUGCAGUGGGAAAGGGGAAUGGGGAGUUCAUUCAGUUAUGUUGCAGUGGGGAAGGAAGGGGAAUAGGGGUGUCAUUUAUUCAGGGAUUAUAUUAAUUCGCCAGAUGUUUUGCUAUGCAGCUGAGUGGAAUAAUAUUUUGUAUCUAAUUUAGUUGUAAAACCUAAUGCUGAUAUUUUUAGCAAAUUCUUUUCAGUAUUUUGCUUGCAAAGGCGUAUUUUAAGAUGCAACAUAGAAAAAACUGACACUGACAUUUUUAUAUCUGUUACUUUGACAUUUUUGAGAAAUAGCUUUCUGCUUCAAUAUGUUGUUCUCCUUAACAGGGCACCUUUCUUGUCAUUUUUUAAUAAAUAGCUUAAUUUGUUUGUUAAUCUAGAAAAUGUGAACGUCAUAUACUCAGAGCUUGCAAUCACCAAGAUCAACAUUUGCAGCAUAAUUGUAAUAUUUCUAUAAAAUAUGUUUGAAGAUUAUAUGUUAAAUACACUCUUCCGAAAAGUAAUUUGUUUUCCCCAUGUGCUGUGAUUUUGCUUAUAUAAAUAUUCAACUGUCUCAGAUGCACAUGUCAUCCAGGUAUGUUUUAUUAUGCUGGCUAGAUACCAAAUCCUUAAGAUGUUAGUUUGAUCCCCAGUAAGGUAUGUGUCCCCUAUGAUCACAGACAUUGUGAAAUGUGAAGAAAAAAUUUACUGAGUUAGUGACAGAGCCAGAACAUGCUUUAAGAUAGGAAGUUAGCUUAGUUCUGAAGUAUUGACCAAGUUGAUACCGAUUUAUAACAUUCUAAAGACAUUGCUUUCUGUAGGUACGACCCUUUUAAUUUAAUGCUGAUUAAAUACUUUGGUAACAUUUUUUUGUCUUAGCGGCAGAAAGGAGGACUUUUAAAAUUAUAUUAAUGAUCUAGGGCAAUCAAAUCAAAUUCAUCUCAGAAAUGCUGCACAUGUUGACAUCUGAGGAGGGUUGUAUACUUCAACCUUAUUGAUAUAUAAAUAUUUCAGUGAAUACUUUCGAAUUGAAAAAAAAAACAUGUGAUAUUUUCUUAAGUAUUUUUUGUUUAUCAGUUGCUGUUAAACAUUCACAUGUACAUAUCAUUUUCUCAUGAGACUUUCAUUGGUGGUUGCUGUUUUAUUCUGUUGCCGGGCAACAGGCUUGACAUUCCAAGAUCUGAUUUUACAGAUUUAUUUUUUAUGUUGUUUUCAUGUUACUGAGAUUUUCAAUAUGUAAAUACUAUGGAUUUUUCUUGUUGUACAGAAUGCUAUUUCUGCAGCUAGGUACAAAAAUAUACAUGAAAUUUGAAGAAAUGUAUAUAUACUACAUUAUGCUUAUAUCGGUUGUUGGUCUGUAUACUAAAACAUACUGCAUUUGCAAUAAUUUUGUUUCAGUAUUUCUUACAUUGAACAGAUUCUGUACCAUAGUUUUGUUUUUGCCUUUUUAAAAAAAGAACUCUCAAAAGCUAUUUUGUCACAAUUUAUAUAUAUAUAUAUAUAUAAGACCUUAUUCUUUUCAGGCUAUAAAACAUUAUUCUAUACUUUAACUGAACAAGCUUUUGGAAAUCUGUAUUUUAAAAUUUGAAGCUCCAUUAAAAAAUUGGUAUUACACAUACAUGUUCUGGUGAGAAGAUAGUAAAACAUUUUGAAAUGAGUAAACAUGAUAUUAUAGAAAUAAAAGAAACCAUAGUAUUUAUGUAUUUUUAUGUAUAGGCAAACAAUAUGCAGGAACUAUUCUUAGUUGGUCACAUAGGCUUAUUGUACAGUCAACAGCACUUUUCUUUUACAAUAUGGUAUCCACAUUUUCUGUACUGCAUGCUUUCUACGCCAUAUUUUUUAAGUUGUUUAUGUUAACUUUUCAGAGCUACUUCCAAAACACACAUUACGCGCACUUUCCUGUUUAGGUUUUUGCAUACCUUUAGAUGUUUAUGUUUUGUCAGUAAAACAGAGUGUGUCAUAUAUUUUCUCUAUUACUGUUGUUAGUUCUGGUGCUAUAGAAUUCUUAACUUUCCUUAAUAUGAAAUUUGUUUAACAGAUGGAAAGUGUAUAUUGUGUUUUUUGAAUGUUAUAACAUUUAAAAGAAUGCAUCACAAGGCAUUAUACAUGCAUUUAGGCAAUUUUCUGUUUGUAACUACACUUUACUUUGUUUAUUAUUUCAAAACCAAAAGGUUGUAGUGACUUAAGUUGCUUGAACAUUGUGUAUAGGUUUUGUAGUUUUUACCUAGUUUGCUGAUUCUAGAUUUUAAUGGUAUUUUCAUUGUUUGAAUUUGUGCAUAUGAUAUGAUUGGACAUUCCUUUAAGAUUUUAACUUUAUCUGUGGAAGAGUAUCUUAAAACCGUUUGAGUUGUACGUGUCGGUAGUUGUAAAGUCUUCUGAUACAUUAGAAGUUUUAAGCACACAUUCAAGAUCAGGAUUAAUCUUAACAAAACUAAUACAAAUUUGGAAAUGGAUAUCCAAUGUAAUAAAAGUGAAAAUGAUAUUAUGUAAGAAUGAAUAGCAUUCUAAGUGUUGAAAGAGCAAAGUGACCUUUAACCAGAACUUGUGACACAAGUUGCAGCAAAAAUGCAGACACCAAAAAAUACAAGGGUUAAGUACUUAGUAGUUAGAUGUGAAUAAUAUCUGCACUAUUUACCAUAAGUGCAUUUCUUUCAUUUCAGACAGAUAAUCUUUUUUAAAAUGUUUAUUUAUAUUUACUAAAAUUGUACUAAAUUUUAUUCCACUGUAACUAUAACAUCAGCCUUUUGAUAAAUUGUGCUAUUUGAUGAUGUUUUUUUUCCAAGUUAUGUAUAUUUCAAGGAUUAAGGGUUGUUGUCAUUUAUUAGUAUAUAUAUCUAUGAGUUUGGUUUCAUCCAGGAUACAUCUUCCUGUAUUUGGGCUAUUUUAAUAUUUUGUGAUUUUCUCUAGAGCAUGUCAGAUACAAUGAAUUUUUUAAUUUAACAGGGUUUGUGAGGUUUGCAACAUGACAAAUAUUUUUGUUAUUUAUCGCCCUGCUUUAACACCGAUUUUCCUGUCUAAUAUUGUAAUAAACUGUUUUUAAGGUUGUUAAGGUUUUGUGAUUGAACUUCUGCUCUUAUUGUUUUUUGUAUUUUUAAAGAGAAUAAAAUGGAAAAUAUAUUUUAACAGAAA